GAGGCGGGGCAAGAAUGAGUUGGUAGCGGCUGUUGGAAGACAUUAACAGGAGAGUCUGAGCCUUGGGCAAAGGGGCCUCCUCGCGAAGCGGCGGCGACCGCGACCCUCUUCGGGCCCAGCUGAGGGAGGCGGAGGCGGGACAUGGCGGAGACGGAGGGCGGCGGCGGCGCCUCGGUGCAUGCGACGCGCUUUGAGGCGGCCGUGAAGGUGAUUCAGAGUCUGCCGAAAAACGGUUCAUUCCAGCCAACAAACGAAAUGAUGCUCAAGUUUUAUAGCUUCUAUAAGCAAGCCACUCAAGGACCUUGUAACAGUCCAAGACCUGGAUUUUGGGAUCCUAUUGGUAGAUAUAAAUGGGAUGCCUGGAGUGCAUUAGGGGAUAUGCCCAAAGAAGAUGCCAUGAUUGCCUAUGUUGAAGAAAUGAAAAAGAUUCUUGAAACAAUGCCAAUGACAGACAAGGUUGAAGAACUGCUUCAUGUAUUAGGCCCAUUCUAUGAAAUUGUAGAAGAUAAAAAACGCGGAGGAUCUGGUAUAAUAACAGACCCUGGAAAUGCCAUAACUUCUGUGCCAGCCCUGAAUGGCAAAUCCGAAAGCAGUGACAGUGGAGCAGAAUCUGAGGAAGAGCCACACCAGGAGGAAGAAAUGGAAUUGCAGCAGAUUGUAAAAGAAAGUGGAACUGUGGAACUCAGUUCAAACACUAAUAAAGAAUUGGACAAUGUUGUUGCCAAUGGAUGUUGUGAAGAUGUGUCUAAUAAUAUGCACAAUAGCAUACAGACUAAAUCUGCUCUGAAUGGGUUAAAUGUGGAUGAUGAGAUAAAGAAGAGAGACAAACCUCUUGAACUGCCCAUUGCAACUAAUUUAGGGUCUUCUUGCCAAGGUGUAACUGAAGAUACUACUGAGGAGGUUUAUGGAAUUCAGCACCUGACAAGUGAUUCAGAUAGUGAAAUAUACUGUGAUUCUAUGGAACAGUUUGGACAAGAAGAGAUGUUGGAAAUCAGUACAUCAACCAAAGAAUUUUCAAAACAUCCAUUCCAUUUUUCUGAAGUAGAUCAAAGUCGACUGCUAAAAACUUUGGAAAUCGAAAACUACAAGACAGAAGGUAUAAAGGAGGCUACAGUUGAAGGAAAAGGUGAAGUCAAGUGUGGUGGGGAAGAUGGCAAGGCAAGUGAUGGAGGACCUCACAAAGAAAAAAAAGGUGGUGAAAAGGUGGACUUCUAUGGAAUCAGAAGAGGGAGAGGACACAGAAUGCACCCUGUGGGUGAUGGUGCCCAGGGUGGACAGAUGGGCAGCGGAGGAGAUGGUGAACGAUGGGGUUCAGACAGAGGACCAAGGGGCAGCUUCAAUGAACAAAUCGCAGUAGUUCUUAUACGCUUACAAGAAGACAUGCAAAAUAUUCUUCAGAGGCUACACGCACUGGAGACACUGACAACUUCACAGGCAAGAAUUGCAAGCCUACACUCAAAUAAUCAGCCUGCCUCAUCUGUUAAGAGACCAACCUGGUGGCCCUUUGAGAUUUCUCCUGGUACUUUAGCUUUUGCUGUUUUAUGGCCCUUCGUUGCCCAGUGGCUGAUGCAUGUAUACCUUCAAAGAAGGAGAAGAAAACAGAUCUGAAGGUUCAAUUUCAGAUUUUACAUAAAGACUGCUAAUUUGGAGAUAUUCUGGAAAGUGAAAUAAUACCCACAAGAACUGCAGGCUCUGGGAUGUCUAAAUCUUCUUUCUGGUUUUUGUUUUGCUAUCUUCCUUUUGCACUACUGAAAAUAACAUACUUGAAUUAACUAUCUCUCUCAAUAAACUAAGACCUAGGUGUCCUAGUACUCUAGAAUAAAUACAACUAUCCCAUUGAGUAAUCACAUGAAAUUGUUUCAGAAUGUACUUUUGAUGAAGUCUAUAGAGUUAAAAGGGUCUUAUUGCAAGUCUGAGAUACUCAUUCUAUCUUUGGAGAAAGGAAAGGGUUCCUUGAAUGAAUGUAAAAUAAUAUGUAAAUUGUUACUUCAGUACUUAUUUUAUAAUGUAAGACUUUCCAUGUAGCAUAGAAAAUAUGCAACAGACAGGAAAUGCAAGUCUAGAACAGUUAAAGUAGUUGGAUUGUAUGAUGGCACUUAUCACUGUAUAGUUCUGAGGGGUUUAAUUUAUAAUUACUGCUACCUAGAUGGGGUAGCUUUUUAGUAAAUAAAGUAAAACCAAAUGUUUGAGGUUCUGGAAUAUACUGCAUGGGUAUCAUCACCACUCUAUUUUAACAGUUAGUUGCCAAGCAUCCCAACAUGUUAAAAUAGCCCACUGAGUUUGUAUAUAUGGCAUACAAGAUUCAAAUAAGUCUAGUACAGAAGAUGCAGCACAGAGAAAGAAUGACCAGGGCGCUUUAAGCCACAUUGUAACAGCAGGACUUGAGUGCACAGUUAAUAUUAUACCCCAUUGAUUUUGAUAUAACUGGCAGUGAAACAAUUUCAGUUUUAGCUGAGCUAAUCUUUGUACAGAAGAUGCUCAAAAUGCAUGUUAAAACUAUCAUGUUAAAACUAUCAAUACAUUGCCAUUUCAGGAAACAGUUUGGCAUUGGCACCAUGCAGAUGGCGCCUGCAUCCACUUAGGAUUUCUGAACAGCACUUCCUUACUCAGCCUACCUUUUGUGGCCUAGGCCCCACUCACAAAUCAUGUAUACAGACAGGCAGCAAACAUCUACUUCUCACUGGGGUUGCAAACCUCUAACUGGAAAGCUUGGUGAAGGCUCACAUUGAAUUUUCUCUGUACCAACAAUUACUUACAGGUGGAAAACUAAUGUUAGAAGUUUAGGCUAAAACACUUCUCCCCGUGUGGAGGCAUUUUUAAAAAGAAAUAGGGACAAAUAUUUAAUCUUGAGCACUCAUAUGUACUUUCUUGAAGUAGUAUGGUUACCAUGAGUAAAUCUUCCAAGCUUCAGUUGCCAGCUGUUGAAGGGAAAUUGGGCGCUUGUCUCAGGCCAAGCAUAUGUAACAGAUGCUUUGUACUGUCAGUUUCGAGCACCAUCUGUAUGUGGGAGCACAUGUGGAUACUCUGUAAGGCAGCAGCUAGCACACCGUCUUCUGUGUUUGCAGUUUGCUGGGUUCAGCCAUUAAAAAAAAAAACUAUAGGGUAAUAGUUGAAAAGUUUUACCUUCCUAAUUUAUGUGGCCUUUCCCACUUCCAUCUGUGGGUUAUCUUUCUGGUAAAAAUACUCAAGACAAUUUCAGCACCGUUACUUCAUUUCUACUUUUACUGUAUGUAUUAGAAACAUAAUUGACUAGAAGUCUGUUAAGUCUAGAAUUUCUAACAAUAUGAUUGGAAAGAAUCUUUCUAUGGAGAGGGGGAAGACAGUGGGCAAAGGCUAAUUGUGUGUGUGUGUGAUGUAAAAAUUAGCUUAAAGUGACUGCUUCUCAGUUUUAUGGUAAAAAGGAAGAAAAAUAACUUACGUGAAAAUAGAGGUACAACACUGAAGCUGCUUGCUGUACAGUUAAUUAACCUACUUCUGAGUAAGUAUAUUUUAGAUUGCGAUAUGCUUUGCACUGUAUAAUUCUUCAGAGUGUUACAUCACAAGAAGCUCAUGGAUUUGAAGAGAGCCUUUAUAUCUGUUAUAUGCUGUAUAAAUAGUGUAAUUACAGGAGUGAAAAGCUUCUGCCUUGUUAAAUUGAACAUAAUUUUAAAGUUUACUUCAAGAAUUAGCUCAUAUUAAUCUAUUGUAAAUAGCAUUUAUCAAAUAAAGAAUAGGUGUAUAUUGCCUGAAAAUA